AAUGGUUUGGUUGUAGUAACGGGUUGUAUAUAAAUACGUGAAGUCCCUCUGACUGGCUUUCAGAUCGAUCGCGCUCGUUUUCAGUGUAGAACAGUGUGAUCGCAAUGGCUCUAUUUAAAGGGAUAAUUCUGAAGCUGGUAGUAACAUAUGUUACUAUACAGACAGUAUCAGCGGAAUUAAUAAGCUGGGAUUCAGGCUGUGGAUCAACAAAGGGAUGUUUCCCUUAUUGUCCGAAAGGUUGCGAAUAUCUAGUCACUUGGCAAACCGCUGGUACCUCCACUACGUUCACAUUACAAGCAGAAGAAACGGAUACAAACGUGUACCUGGCUGUUGGGUUCUCGAAAGAUUAUCGUAUGGGUGAAGAUAGCGUUGUUGGUUGCAUCGUACCCGGUACCACUGUAAAGAACUACUACAAUGAAGGGACUGACACUGACGAACUAGCUACGCCGUUACUAGGCCUCAGCGGUACGUCAGUUACCCAGACCAAUGGCGUGAUCACGUGCACGUUCACUAGAACUCUAAACGAGGCGUCAGACGACAAAUAUUUCGAUCUCAACAAUGAUUAUAUCCUUAUGUUGGUGGUUGGAGAGGCCGAGGAGGAAGAUGGCGCGUACAAGUUAGAGGAACACCACAAGAUCCCUUGGAACAGUGAUGGCAAGGUUGAUUUUAACAGCCACUAUGUGGUGGACCUAUACAAGCUCAAUAGUCCUGCAGUAAAGUUACAUGGCAUAAUGAUGGUACUAGCUUGGUUGCUAUUGGUAAUUGUUGGCAUGGUAACGGCGAGAUACAACAAAGACAUGCUACCGGAAGAGAAACUGUUCGGAACCAAAGUUUGGUUUCAGGUUCAUCGCACAGCAAUGGUUGUGGCUUGUGUGUUUGUGGUCAUUGGGUUCAUACCGAUAUUUGUAGAAAUCAGAGGCUACAGUCAGAUUGUAUCUGAAGAAUCAAAGGAAUCUGUGAAAGCCCAUCCCGUCUUGGGUAUCGUGGUGACAGUUUUAUGUUUCCUCAAUCCUAUAAUGGCACUGUUCCGACCUGGCGGCGACCACAAGUUCAGAUGGAUCUUUAACUGGGCACAUUUAGGAGUCGGUGCCGCGGCACAGAUUUUAGCCAUUGUAACUAUUUUCCUGGGUUAUGUUCUCGAGCGUUCCAUGCUGUCGAACAAGGCUAUUUGGAUGACGAUAACUCACCUGAUUGUACUCGCGAUCAUCUGUGCGGCUCUCGAAAUCAACAAGUGGAUGACCACCAGGAAAAAGAAUCAAGUGGAGAACAGGAACGGCGUGAUAACAGACGACAUUGAAAUGAAGGAGGAGAAAGAGCCGAUACAAGAACCCACAAAACCUUCUGUCCUUCCGUUUGCUUUGCUGUUGCUUCUUGGCGGUUUCCUGAUUGGUUCCACGCUUGCGAUUCUUGUGAUCAUUGCCGACAGCUAGACAUGGAACCAAUGAUUCCUAACUGGUUCCACACUUUCUCUCCUUCUGAUCACCAGUGACAGCUAGACACGGAACCAAACUUUUUCUGUAGCAGCCAUAUCUUUUUAUUUAUUCAUUUAUUGUUUUUGUUUAUUAAUUUACAUAUCUGGUUGUUGCGAAAACUUGUGUGAUUAUCACAUAUCAAGCUAUUGACAGAGUGCCAUACAUUUUAUUACUAUAGUUGAUUUUAAAAGUUUUUCAUGGUCGUUAGUAUGAACGUUACAACCUCAAAAGAUUGUAACGAAAAAAAUCUAUCUAUAGUGUUUUGAAUCGUUCAAGUUUCAAAUUUUCUUCCAUAUCAAGGCUUAUUAUAAGCAUUUGGUAAGAAUAAGAUAAACACAAAACUGAAAAAAAAAAUAGCAAGACAUGUGUGACAAAAUGAAACAAAACGAAACAGCACGUAUUAUUCAAGGACAAAAUGCCCAGAUUGAAAAGUACCAGAACAUAUCUGUUAAAGUUACGAGUUUAAAAUUUAACUGGUUGUACCUGAAACUGGUCAGAGCAUGAAAAACACUAAACCAAACUCCACACCAUUAAAUUAUCUAAAACCAAGUAAUAUACUGUUCAGCUAUAAUGGUAUUGUAUACGAAUAUUGUAUUCCAAGUAUUCCACGAUACGUAUUUAUUAUUGUAAUAUUUCAAAAUAAAAUUUCAACAAAUUUAAGUUGCAACGUAGCGUUAACACAGUCAUUUGCAUGCUUUGUAUGUCUGUCUGUCCGUCCGUCUUUGUUUCCUUAAUGGUCGUUUUCUAUCGAUUCUUCAAUAUUAGCAUAUAGGAUGAUCUUACUGAAAGAAAUAUACGUGGGUAACCGUCAGUUCGGCUUGUAAUGAAAAUACACGUUUCAAACUUGGUGCUUGUUAUCUUUUUACAAUGCAGGCAUUCUAAACCAUUCUACACAUUAAUCAAACAGGGAUUUUUACAUAAAUAAGACAUUAUAGAGUGUAAAAGCAAAAGCAAUCGUCUGGAAACCUUAUCUGUAUGUGUUUUUGGAACCUUAAAUUACAUUUGUCAGAUGUCAAUGUAUUCAAACUACAUUACAACAUGUGUGUAAUAUACGAUUUUUUUUGCUAUAUAUUUUGUUAUGUCUGUAGACGUUUAACGUUAUUGUAUAUUGUGAUAAAUUUACUACGUUUUUAUCUUUUGUAAUAAAAGCCUUUCUUUUCUAGA